AUGUCCCCUCUUACCCAUGAACGGCGCCAACAAUGUAGCACGUCUUGGAGCUACCCGUAUACAGGCAGGAUAGCUCCCAGCAGCUACAAGGCCUUCAACCUCGGUAGCUGCACUGCACAACUCACCUUCAACAAAGACCAAUACGUAGGAGUGCAAUGGGCAUUCGAAGCCACAUACGCGGACGGCAGCCGUGCCGAACUCAAGCCUUUCCGCGACUUCGACAGCUUCGGUGUCAGCGAUACCUUCUACCCCUACCUUGGCAACAACUUCCUCACCAAGUACCCUGGAAACUCGGCAUUCACUGCUGUGCAUGAGUUCAGCAGUGUAUGCAAGAACGGCCAGGCACCUGUCUCAUGGCGGUUCUACACCACCUCAGGAACGUCCAAUGGAUGCUACACCACGGGGCAGAUACGCGCUGUUGGUAGUGUUUCGCGUCCAGCCAAGGUUGCGGGGGUAUUACUGCGUAGAAGCAACGAUGCCGGUGACUUUGAGGUCAGCUGGUCGCCGGUUUCCAGCGCGACGGCGUAUUCCGUUAUUGUUGAGUACCCGACUGGUACGGAUGAAGUUGGUAAUCCCUAUACAAACGUGAGGGGUCAACGCGUACAGGGAACUUCUACUCAAGUUGCGACUACCACGCGUAGACAGGAUGUAGCGAGGAAGGCGAUUGUUCAUGCUGUUAACUCACAGGGCGUGUGGUCGUUUACGAGCGAUGUGCAGCCAGUGGUAGCAGACUGGUAG